CUUGCUGCAGGUUAUACUCUCCCCGCUGCACUGUGUCAAACCUCUCUCCGAGGUUUCACUAAGGAUGGAGGACACAGGCAUAACCGAGGAUCUGCCGACUUGUGCCUUCUGCCACUGCCCAUUCCCUGAUUCCAAUGCAUUGCCCUGUGGCCAUUACCUUUGCUCAAACUGUAUCGAGGAUGCCCGGGCCAAGGGAGAAGCUGCGAGCAGACUGGACUGCCCAGUGUGUAUCAAACCAUUGGUCUCGGAGCCCAGGCUGGAUGGGGAAAGCCAACCGGAGAAAGCUGCUGUCCCAUCCCUCACAGCCGAGCUCCCCCCACCUGGAAGAGACCCUCAGGAGGUGGGUGUAGGUGACCCUGCAGGACAGCUCCCCAGUGAUCUUAUAGAGAGACAGUGCCGUGAACACAAGGAGCCUCUGGAGUUUUACUGUGAAGACGAUGGAGAGUGUGUGUGUGGGCCAUGUACAAUAACAGGCAAACACAAAUCCCACUCCCUGCUCAGCUUGGAAAAGGCAGCGGCUGAGAUUAAGGGAAAACUACUAAACAGCGUGAGGAGUAUUCUGCAAACUCAACAGAGUUAUCACUUCAAAUAUCAGGAUCUCCAAAAAUCAGAAGAUGAAUUGAAGAUGCAGAUCAAGAGACUGCAAGGAAACAUAUCAAAGAAGUUCUCCGAGUGGAGGAAGAACCUGGAAGAAGACGAAGAGAAUGUGCUGAAGAUGAUUGAUGAGGAAGGAAUUCGACUGACAGCUCAGAGCAGCAACUGUUCCAAAACAUUAAAUGAGAAGAUGGAUUUGAUCAAACUGUUAGACGACGAGGCACAGAGUCUGACACAAAGUGAUCGUCUGUCAUUUUUCCAGAAAUCUAAACAGCUCCUUUCCAAGGCAACAGAGCUCCAGAACCAAAAAACACUGAUUGAUCAGAGGGAUACGUUGAACAUUCGUUCUAUAUCUGAACAAGUCAAGGUGAUGAUCGAUAAAUCGAUGGCAUACUACUCGAUUAUAUUGAACAUGAUAGGUGAAUGGGCACGGCUCACAUUGGACACCAAAACUGCCUACUGGUUCUUGACAGUCUCCGAGGACGCCCGCUCUCUGACGUUCGGAUAUGACCUGCAGCCUUACCCGUCCAAUCCAGAGAGGUUCAGGACCCACCGUCAGAUUCUCUGUUGCCAGAGCUUCACCUCGGGUUAUCACUCCUGGGUAGUGCAGGCUGAAGGGAUCGCCUGGGGCAUAGGGAUUGCAUAUGGGAGUAUAGCGAGGGAGGGCGAGUGCUCAGACCUGACCAACUCCAGCAAAGCUUGGUGCAUUCACCUGAAUCACGGCACCCUCACAGCCAGUCACAAUGGGCUACACACCGACAUCAUCAAGGAACCAUUGCACACCAGGUUCCAGGUUGAGUUGGAUUAUGAGGCAGGCUACGUGUCAUUUUACCAAGUGGGGGACGCUGCCCAACACUUGUAUACAUUUCGGACCAUGUUUAGCGAGCCCGUUCACCGUGAGCAAACAAUGCCCACCUUCCGAUUCCUGACCGCGUGCAAGCUGAUGAGUCGGAAGCUUAAAGCAGAGAAUUUUCCACAGGUGGAUGUCGAUAAAGCUGUUGCCGAGCUUAAAGCUCGGAAAAGGAUCCUGGAGGCUAAGGAGCUGGCUCUGCAGCCAAAGGAUGACAUAAUUGACCGAACAAAAAUGGAGGAUACACUAAAGCGAAGGUUCUUCUAUGAUCAGGCUUUUGCUAUAUACGGAGGUGUGAGUGGCCUGUAUGACUUUGGUCCUGUUGGCUGUGCUCUGAAGAACAACAUCCUGCAGGCCUGGCGGCAGCAUUUCAUCCAGGAAGAGCAGAUUCUGGAGAUUGACUGCACAAUGCUGACUCCUGAACCUGUCCUGAAAACAUCUGGACACGUGGAUAAGUUUGCUGACUAUAUGGUGAAGGAUGUGAAGAAUGGGGAAUGUUUCCGUGCUGAUCAUCUGUUGAAAGCUCAUCUGCAGAAACUGAUGUCCGAUAAGAAGUGCUCAGCGGAAAAGAAAGCAGAGAUGGAAAAUGUCAUCACUCAGCUGGAUAAUUACAGUCAACAGGAGUUAACAGAUCUCUUUGUGAAAUAUAACGUCAAGUCUCCAGUCACUGGGAACGAUUUGUCUCCUCCUAUCUCUUUCAAUCUGAUGUUCCAGACAUCCAUUGGACCAGGAGGGAACAUGCCGGGAUACCUCAGACCAGAAACAGCCCAGGGAAUCUUCCUGAACUUUAAACGACUUCUGGAGUUCAACCAGGGAAAGCUUCCCUUUGCUGCUGCACAGAUAGGAAAUUCGUUUCGGAAUGAGAUCUCCCCCCGAUCAGGGCUCAUCCGUGUCAGAGAAUUCACGAUGGCAGAAAUUGAGCAUUUUGUGGAUCCCAAUGAGAAGACUCACCCUAAAUUCGAUGCUGUGGCAGAUUUGCAGAUCCUGCUGUACUCCAGCCAAGCUCAGAUCAGCGGGCAGUCAGCACGGACCAUGCGACUCGGCGAUGCUGUUGAACAGGGCAUCAUCAAUAACUCAGUCCUCGGUUACUUCAUCGGACGGAUUUACCUUUUCCUGCUGAAGGUGGGCGUGUCGGCUGGGAAGCUGCGUUUCCGGCAGCACAUGGACAAUGAGAUGGCGCACUACGCCUGUGACUGCUGGGAUGCUGAAGCCAAAACCUCUUAUGGCUGGAUCGAGAUAGUUGGCUGUGCUGAUCGAUCAUGCUAUGAUCUCGCCUGUCAUGCCAGAGCCACCAAAGUGCCCCUAGUGGCUGAAAAGGCUUUGAAGGAGCCUAAAACUGUCAACAUUGUUCAGUUCGAACCGAACAAGGGAGCUAUCGGCAAAGAAUUCAAGAAGGAAGCCAAGAUUGUGAUGGAGUUCUUAAAUAUCUGUGAUGAGUGUUACAUCGUAGCUAUGGAGAAGGAGCUGAAUGAAAAGGGGGAGUUCACUUUUACGUCAGAAGGGAAAAGCUUCACUCUGCACAAGAGCAUGGUUGGAGUGAAGAGGUUUCAGAAAACUUUACAUGUGGAAGAAGUCACUCCCAGCGUGAUUGAGCCGUCCUUUGGUAUUGGAAGAAUUAUGUACUCGGUUUUUGAGCAUACCUUUCAUAUCCGAGAAGGGGAUGAGCAGAGAACAUUCUUCAGUUUUCCAGCGACGGUGGCUCCCUAUAAAUGCUCUGUUCUGCCCCUCAGUCAGAAUCAGGAGUUUGCUCCAUUUGUGAAAAAUCUUGCUGAAGAACUCACCAAGCAUGGUGUUUCCCACAAAGUGGAUGACUCAUCUGGUUCCAUCGGGAGACGGUACGCUAGGACGGAUGAGAUUGGUGUUGCUUUUGGCAUAACCAUCGACUUUGACACGGUGAACAAGGUGCCCCACACAGCCACACUGAGGGACCGUGACUCGAUGCGGCAGAUCCGAGCUGAGAUUUCAGAAUUGCCUCAAGUUGUCCGAGAUUUAGCCAAUGGUUCCCUGACCUGGGCUGAUAUUGAGGCCAAAUACCCUUUGUUCGAAGGGCAGGAAACAAGUAAGAAGGAAAUUUGAAAUGAGAGUCACUUCCCCAAUAUCUCCUUCUGCCGUCCUCUGUGGAACCCAGAUACGUGAGCUGUGUUCUGUACGUUGGUAAUACAGGCCCGACUGAAAGAAUUAGUGACUGUUAUACCUGUGGAAAGACCUCCUCUUACUACAGGAAUAUGGAAGAAUUGAAUGAGAUUCUGUGCAAUAAAACCUGAUAUUGAA